AUGACUUUGCGCAGCUUUCCGACCAGUUACCCAAUGGAAAUUCAUCUCUACACGACUGCUCCUGACCAAGACGUAAAUUGUACAACUGUGAUUAGCAAUAUACGAAAGACAUCUCCGUUGCUAAGGCCAAUCGAUUGCAAACACCAAGCGACCCAGUCCGAAAUCGCACAAAGCUACAACCACCGAUUUGAAGUAAAUAUGCAAAUGCCUGACACAAAUGACAACCCUGUAACCGAGGUUGUUUUAUUACAACUACUGUGGAUACAAGGUGCGCUGGAAUUCGAACGAAGCAAUUGCACACAGAGAGGCUUCCCCGUGUAUGAUCCCGAAAGCGAAGUCUGGAAUUUCGUAAUCUGGAUCAACUAA